AUGGCUCAUUCGGAUCAGAUCUUAGCACUAAAGAGAAAGCGUACGUCAAUAAAGGCUGCGUGUACCCGAAUAAAAACAUACGCGGAUUCGGUGACUCAAUUGACGCCGGAAACGGUAGCAAAUUUAGAGGAAAGAAAAGAUAAAUUAGCUAGCUAUUGGAAGGAGUAUGACUGGCAAUCUGAGAUAGAGGCGAUCUGCGACGGUGAGGGAGGAGAUCGCGAGGCGUUUGAAGAAAUGUUUUUCGGAUUGACGGCAGCGUUGCGCUGCAAGAUUGCGGGAUAUAAUCGCGUGCCUUCCAAUAGCCGCUCCGCAGUGUCUACCCCGGUAUCCGUCGGCGAGUCGGGCACCUCUGCAUGCGGAGUGCGAUUACCGAAAUUAUAUCUACCAAAAUUCGCGGGAAAAUACGAGGAUUGGUUUCCUUUUUAUGAAAUGUUUAACUCCAUAAUAAAUGAUAAUCCGUCCUUGAGCGGCUUCCAAAAAUUUCAAUAUUUGAGAGCAUCUAUGACAGGCGAGGCAGCAAUUAUAAUUCAAUCGCUGGAAUUGACUGAUUCAAAUUAUCAAGUAGCUUGGGAUUUAUUAAAACAGAGAUAUGAUAACAAACGCGCUAUAGUGCAUACGCAUCUACGCGCUCUGUUCGAGCUGCCAAAUAUCGCGAAAGAAAAUGCUGUUGAGCUGCUUUCGUCUAAAUUCGAUCCGAUUACUGCUAGAGAGUGGCAGGUGUCGUUGACCGGGACAGAAUUACUCGCGUUCAAGCAACUCUCAGAAUUUUUGGAGCACAGAUGCAAUUUGCUAGAAUCGUUGAAUCGCGGAAAUUUACAAACUCAGCCCGCCGGAAAGCGUUUGGCAGCUCACGUCGCGACUGCCUCUUUGUCGUGUGGAUAUUGCCAGGGAAAACAUCUCAUUUAUUAUUGUCGUGAGUUUAUUAAACUGCCGGUCGCUCGACGAAUCGCGGAAAUACGGAAGCGCAAGCUAUGCGCAAAUUGUCUUCGCGGGGGCAAUCAUUAUGCCGCAAAAUGUAAAAUGGGCGCGUGUAAAACAUGCGGAGCCAAACAUAAUUCGAUGCUUUAUCUUCAGGCGGAUUCGGGCGACAUUACUGAAAAGGGAAAGGCCGAAGGUGAGCCGUCUCCGGAGACGAUAAAAGAAAAAAUAGUUAUGACUCAGGUGUCCUCCGCGUGGAACGCGCAUGUAUUGCUUUCAACGGCAAUUGUGUAUAUAAUAGAUGCUACUGGAACGAGACAAUCAUGUCGAGUUUUGCUAGACAGCGGCUCGCAAGCGAAUUUUAUAACGCGAAAUUGUGUCGAGAGAUUAAACUUAAGGCCAUCGACGGGCAGUGUUAGAAUCACCGGAAUAAAUGGCAUGACAAGCGACGCCAACGAGAUCGUGAAAGUAAAAUUACAUUCUCGUUUGAGCGGCUUCUGCGCGAGUUUGGAGUGCGUUUUGACGAACCGCAUAACCGAUCGGAUACCUACGGCACCUAUUAAUCGAGAAAGGAUACAAAUACCUAAUGGGAUUAAAUUAGCUGAUCCGGAAUUUCAUAAAUGCUCCGAUAUCGAUAUAUUGAUAGGCACCGAUAUAUUUUGGCAGCUGCUUUGUGUGGGGAGAUUGAAGUGUUCCCGAUCGCAUCCCACGCUACAAAAAACGCUUUUCGGAUGGAUUGUCGCCGGCCGUGUGGAGGUCACCGCUCGUGACGCCCGUGGGCGCGAAGUGAGAGCGUUUCACAUUUCGGUGGCGGAUGCCGCCUUGCAAAAUCAAUUAGCCAAAUUCUGGCAGAUCGAGGAAGAUUUUCGGCCGUCGGAUUCGUACACUAGCGCGCAGCGUUUUUGCGAGAGACACUUCCUCGAUAAUACUAAGAGAAAUGAAGAGGGUCGAAUAAUAGUCACGCUUCCGAUUAUUAAACAGAAAUUAGAGAAUCUCGGGGAAACGCGAGACAUAGCAAUGCGGCGUUUUUGCGGGCUGGAAAGACGGCUGAAUCGCGAUCCGGGAUUAAAAUCGCAAUACGCGGCAUUUAUGCGCGAGUACUUGGCCCUUGGGCAUAUGAAAUUAGUAAGGGAGGAAAAUGACAAAAACAAGGGAUUGCCGACGUACUAUUUGCCGCAUCAUUGUAUAUUAAAGACGUCAAAUAAAACGACUAAAAUCAGGGUGGUUUUCGAUGCUUCAUGCAAAAGUUCGACAGGGGUUUCUUUGAACGACGCUCUUAUGAUCGGGCCGACGGUGCAGCAGGAUUUAUUUUCCAUUGUAUCGAGGUUUCGAAUUUUUCGAUUCGUAUUCUCCGCAGACAUCGCCAAGAUGUACCGGCAGAUAUUGGUCGAUCCGCAGCAGACGCGACUGCAGCGUGUUCUGUGGCGAGAUGAGGCCACCGCGAGCGUGCAAACAUACGAAUUAAUAACGUUGACAUACGGUACAGCGACCGCGUCAUAUUUAGCUACUAGAGCGCUGCAAUUUUUGGCCGAGAUGUACGCGGAGAAAUUUCCCGCGGGAUCCCGGCGAGUAAAACGCGAUUUUUACGUUGAUGACCUGCUAACGGGAGCGGACACAAUCGAGGAAGCAUUAGCGUUGAAAAACCAGAUCGUAAAGAUUCUGAACCGCGGCGGAUUUCAACUGAGCAAGUGGCAUUCAAACGAAUCAGUAUUGAUAAAUGAUAUGUAUGAUAAACAUAACGCCGAGGUUCAAAUUGAUAGAGACGCGACGUCGCGCAUCCUCGGAAUUCUUUGGAAUCCGUCGAUGGAUGUAUUUCGGUUCGCGAUUGAAUUGCCGACUGACUCACACAAGAUAACGAAGCGCGUAAUAUUGUCGGAGAUAUCAAGAUUAUUUGACCCGUUGGGAUUAAUCGGUCCGGUUAUUAUCAUACCAAAAAUGCUGUUACAGGAGAUUUGGCAAUUAAAAAUACAGUGGGAUAAAUCGAUUCCACUGGAUAUGCAUGCAAGGUGGUCCGCGUUUAAGAGACAAUUAAGAGAAUUAAAUGAUUUAAGCGUCCCGAGGUUUAUAGGGAGAAAUCAAGAGGGAACUCGCGUUCAGAUACACGGGUUUUGUGACGCCAGCCAGCGGGCGUAUGGCGCGUGUUUGUAUAUUCGAAGACAAGUAGAUGGGAACGAAGUGCAGAUUGAUCUGUUGUGCUCUAAAACAAGAGUAGCCCCACUCAGAGCGAUUUCGAUUCCGCGACUCGAGCUUUGCGCGGCAUUAUUGCUGGCACAAUUGUUGGACAAAGUGCGUUUAUCUAUUGACAUAAAGGACGUGCGGUAUACUUUGUGGUCGGAUUCCACGAUCGCGCUGAGAUGGAUUUCGUCGUGCUCGAGAAAAUGGUCGGUUUUUGUGUCAAAUCGCGUCGGAGAAAUACAGCGGUUAACUUCCGGUUUGGAUUGGCGGCACGUGCCGACAACCGAAAAUCCUGCGGAUUUGCUAUCUCGGGGCGUCCACCCGCAUGACAUCGGGAAUGCCGCGCUAUGGUGGCGAGGUCCCGCGUUCUUAAAGAGCAGCGAGGAGUCGUGGCCAAGCGUUGGCGAAUAUGUCCUGGAGUCCGAGAUGCCGGAGAGGCGGCGGAUAGUUGCUGCUGUCGCUGGCGUGGUGGCACCAAGCCCCUUUUCGGAGCUUAUAGCGAUUUAUUGGACCGCGUCUGCGAUCCGAGGGAGACGUGGGCGUUCACGUCUCGCACGUGGAAAUCUCGGCCGCAUUGGAAAACAUUUGCAAGCUGGUGCAAGGGGAAGUUUUUUAAACGAGUUCGAGCAAUUAAAGAAGGGAAAUGCUCUCACUUCCGCUAGCUCAUUAAAAUCAUUAUCGCCGUUCUUGGAUAAACAGGGUCUGAUUCGCGUCGGUGGGAGGCUCGAAAAAUCACAAUUAAGAUGCAGGCCGGCGAUAUCGGAAGCGAAAAUGGGGGUGUUACCUGCGCCCCGUGUGACACCUUCGCGGCCGUUCUCUAAUUGCGGCAUCGAUUACGCGGGGCCUCUCAUUAUAAGAGAAGGCAAGCGGCGAAAUGCUCGAAAUAGUAAGGCUUAUCGUGUUGCGGGCGACUCACACCUGACUUUCGAGGAGUUGCAGACAACGUUGUGCGAAAUAGAGGCUGUAUUAAAUUCGCGUCCGUUGACGCCGCUGAGUUCUGAUCCUAAUGAUUUAGCCUAUCUUACGCCGGGACAUUUUCUGGUUGGCGAGGUAUUGAGUGAUUUUCCAUGCCACGACCUUACUGAUUUAAUUAUUAAGGAAGGUCGAUUGAUACGAUUGCAGAGAGUCGAGCAGCUCCGCCAGCAUUUUUGGAGUCGUUGGAGCCGCGAAUACUUAAAUCAAUUGCAGCAGCGGCAGAAAUGGAUUAGCAACAAGGGAGAGCAGAUGGGCGUUGGCAAGAUGGUGCUAGUCAUGCAACCGGGCCUUCCGCCUCUGCAGUGGGCGCUUGGCCGCGUAAAGGAAAUUCAUCCUGGAACUGAUGGCAUCGCCCGUACAGCCACAAUAAUCACGGCCAAGGGAUCAUUUGUCAGGCCUCUUUCAAAAUUAUCAAUUUUGCCUCUAGAAGAUUAG